AUGGAUGGAGAGGAGGUUCUUUUGAAGAUUUCACCCAUGAAGAGUGUUAUGACAUUUGGGAAGAGGGGUAAGUUGAGCCCGAGGUAUAUUGGUCCAUUUAAGAUACUCCGUCGUGUGGGUUAUGUUGCUUAUGAGUUAGCCUUGCCACCAGGCCUGUCAGGUGUUCAUCCGAUUUUCUAUGUUUCUAUACUGAAGAGGUAUUAUUUAGACGAGUCUUAUAUCGUUCGUUGGGAUUCUGUGUUGCUUGAUGAGAAUUUGUCCUACGAGGAGGACACUAUUGCGAUCUUAGAUAGGCAGGUUAAAAAGUUGAGGUCUAAAGAGAUAGCUUCUGUUAAGGUUCAAUAG